AUGACCACUUCCCAAGUCUCUGAACGUCCUCUUUUCGCGGGGUUAAAAGAGCUCAUCGUUUUCUUUCCGAAGCCCGAAGAUGAACAUGAUUUCAAGUUUUGUCGCUGGCAAAAAGGCGACUCGACUCGUUGUGGUAACCCACGGGCUGACAUUGCGCGAGACGAAGCCAUGCGUCUUUGGUCAGAGAUUGAGCAGAAGAAAGAAUGCCUAGAUGUUUCAUUCUUUUAUCCAAAGGUCGAAAGACUUCUUCAGAUUACACACUGCCAUGUACACAAACCUCAUGUCUUGAAGUCAUUCGAGGAGUGGAAGGACAGGCACUGCGCGUCUACUGCCCUGGCCGAUACUCCAGCUGAGACUUCGCAGUCUUUGUCGCAAGAGUCGAGCAGAGCCUUGAAAGAUGAUCCAGAUGAGGCGUCAGAGCCAGAGACACCAGAAACGCCAGAGACAGAAAUGUUUGAUCCUUCUUUCUGUAACGAUACCUCACCUUUCCCGACUCCUCUCACCGAACCUGAUUCAAUCAGAACUCCCAUCAAACUCCCGGCUUCUAUCCUUGACCGUUCCAUACCAGACACUCAACCUGACAUCGUCAAUCAUGAGCCUGUGCCUACGACAAACACAGAUAAAUCUGCAGUCAACGUUAUCACAAAAGAUAUUUCGACCUUGUCUCUCGGCAGUACUUUACCGACUCCAAACAACUCCUCUGCUGGUGGCAAACCUGCCAUUGCAGAAAGCAUUUCAGAGGAUGACAAUGCGUCUUUCAAAGGAAUGCCCGAGGAGCUUUCAAUCAUUACCGACGAAAGGUCUGUCGUCGAUCGGCCCACUGACGUUGUUUCAACAUGGGAAGGAAAGGCUCCUAAGUUUGAAGAUGACCCUCUCGGCAAUGAAAUUGCUUUUGAAGGCAUUGGCAUAGCUAAACUAAGUCGAAAGGGGACUUUGCAUCAUGCUUCUCCCAUUAUAGAAGCUCUGCGCACUCCUCCUAUCCCUGGCAAUCAGCGAAAACAUGGGAUUGUGUACGUCUUGAGGCACACCAAGAACAAAGGAGUUUUCAAAGUUGGAUGGACUGAGAAAAGCGCCAUUGAGAGACAACAUCAGCCCAACAAUUGCUACGGAAAGAACACUGAGAUCAUUUAUGAAUCCAGCAAACCUUUUGCUGGCGCUCAUAAAGCCGAGAUACUGGCGCACAAGUUUCUUGGUAGGUUCAAGCUGGAUGUCCCUGAAUGCGAAACUUGUGGCAAAGGACAUCGAGAAUGGUUCAACGGUGAAGAAACAGUCAUCCGGGCCACGCUUGAAGCAAUGGAAGAUUUUAUCCAAAUGCCUGCUUAUGAGCUGAAGCCUGGGCAGGAAGACAAUGGAGAAAUGAUGCUGUCCCGGGAAGCAGAAAAGAGAGUCAAAAGCAUGUGCAACAUCUCCAUUGAAGGACUUCGGGGCCCUACGAUCGAACAGAAGGAGCCGGCUAGUGUCCAAGAGGUUUUGGAAGAAAGUAUCGGGGUCAACAUCCAGACCGCGACGCAGACUACGGCCCCUCAAGUCACGGCCGAUGUCCCCAUGCAAACAACAGAGGUAGAUUCCUCGCAGAAAUCAGAAACAUCUUUUGCCGGAAAGAUUGGGCGCUUCGUUGGUAACGCAGGGACACAGUUUGGAAAGGGGAAAAGGAAGGUCAAGGAUACCUUCCAAAACAUGCGUUCCAGAGAGUCUACGCCUGAUCCUGAUGGCUUUCAACAGAUUCCUAAGGAUGCCGGAGCCUUUGAGAACUUCAGCACUAGCAUUCUCUGGGCCCUCAAAGGUGGUAAGCCUGAGGCUCUGAAGGAGAGUGGGAGUCUAUGGGACUCGCUCGCCCAGAAAAAGAAAAAGUUCGAGGAGGACUUUGCCAAGGGCAGACAAGAAGGGCAGACAAGAAGCUAA